AUGCCUUUAGCAAAGCAAAAACAGUCACCACAUUUGGAGCCGGCGUCGGAUACACCGCUUUAUAUAAAUGAAAAUGCAUUCGAAUCAAACCUAAACCAAAGCAGUGAAGUAAAUACGGAGGUUAGCCUGACAGAGCCGAGGAUUUCUUCGAGGAAUAAAAGGAGACGAGCAAACAGUGGGGACAAGGAACAAACUUCCCUUUCGCCAUCCUCAAGCUCAAAAUUGCCCUUCAGGAAGGAAGAUGUGAGGGAAAUGAUUAGAGAAGAAUUUAGGGUCAUGAAAAUAGCUUUGACACAAGAACUUAAUCAAACUCUCAAACAAAUGGUGAAGGCAGAGUUUCAAUCAACGAGACAGGAGAUAGCUGCUCUGGAGAAUAGUUUAACGUUUUUAAAUGAAAGCUACGAAGCCACCAAGUCUGUCAUCGCUGGAUACGAAAAAUCAUUGGGAGAGCUGAAGAGGGAGAUGGUCCUGCUGACUAAUACAGUGCGGGAUCUACAGAUGAGGCUACAGGUUACUGAGCAGCAUAACCGUUCUAACAACCUCGAGAUCCAGUGUGUCCCCGAGCACAAACAGGAAAAUCUUCCAACUAUGAUAACUCAGUUAUCCAGGGUGGUAUCCUGUGACUUAAAAGAAUCCGAUAUACACCAUUGUACCCGUGUAGCAAAGAUCAAUGGGGGUGAUAAGAGGCCCCGCUCAAUCAUUGUUAGGUUGGCUACCCCCAGACUCCGAGACACAUUUCUGGCUAAGACGAUUAGUUUCAAUAAGGUACAUCCUAAGGAUAAGCUCAAUACUGCACACAUUGGCAUGGGGGGGAAGAAAUUACCAAUUUACGUAGUUGAACAUUUAUCACCUGCCAAUAAGAAGCUCCACGCAGCCGCGCGACAGAUUGCCAAAGAAAAAGUGUGGGAGAGCCAUGCUGCGGCACGAAUGGGCCGGCUCGACCGGAGUGAUACCACGGCCUCACAGACAACCGACGUGAAGCAACGCUUGCGUUGUGUUUCGUCGUGUAAGUGA